AUGAAUCUCUCAACGUCAUCUGUUAUUACUAGAAGAAGAGGUGGUAAGGCGAGCCAACCAGAAGAUGAAGAAAAUGCUUCUGAGUUGAAAUUGGGUCCUGAGUUUCAACUUGAACAGAUUGGUCAUGACGGUGAAGUACAUAAGUUAAUUGCAUUGAAUCUAAGUGAAGCUCGUAUAUUGAUCCGUACAGCAUUAAAAGAGCGUGCAGAAACGAUGUCUAAGUAUACAGGUGUUGAAAUAGAAGGCCUUGACGGUAGUGGUGAACCUGAAGAUGAGCAGUUGGCCAAAUUAACAGCGGCGCCAGCGGCAAAUGAAAUUCUUCGUAAAACUCUGGAACAUUUGGCUUUAUUUGCCAGGUUCAAGGAUGUUGAAACGUGUGCUGCUGUUGAAUCGCUACUCAAGAGUGAAGAAAACUCUAUUUUACAUCCUUUCGAAAUAGCCCAACUAGGUUCUUUAUCAUGUGAAGAUAUUGACGAGGCAACUACUUUAAUUCCAAGUCUCAAUGACAAGAAGGAUAAAAUUGACCUUCAAAGAAUUCUAGAUGAACUGAAUAGAUUGGAAUCUAAUUAUGCUUGA